AUGAAGAAGGCUUACAUUGAUAGUCUCAGGCUCCAAAAGCGCCUCUGGGAGCUGAUGAACCCCGAUGGUGGCAUACCAACAAGUGAUGAGGUACCAAGGCUAGUUAGUUUCAUGACGCAAAACCCUAAUCUUGUCAGCAUCUACAUGCUGAUGCUGAAGAACACAAAAACCAACCUAGUCAACGUGUUCAUUGAGAAUGACGGGUGGACCUUGGUCAAAUCCUGGUUACAGGACGCCGUUUCAACAAGAGAUUGGGAUUCGGUGGAGGAAAUUUUAAAAUUGCUGCUUGGCACGCACGUGAAGAAGGAAUGGCUGACCUCGAACUAUGAGCCCGGACUGAUAAUGAGCUUGGGUAAAAAGGGUCCGUCUGAAGUGGCAAGGCUUUCAUAUCAACUUGUCCAAAACUGGUUGACAAUAUUGACCAACGACAGUAGUGUUAAAGAAAAAGAUCGUACCAAAAAAAAUAAUCCGUGGUUUUCCAUGCUGAAUCUCAAGAGAGACGAAAAAAAGGGCAAGACUGUCAAAAUUUUCCCCUCCAAGAUGCGAUCCACUGGAUUGGAAGUGAUGGCCAAUCCUCCUCCGAGACGAUCGUCUAAAAGACCUUUUCCAUCGAUUCAACUACCCACCUUACUAGCAAAGGAUAAAUCAUCAUCAAUAGAGCCGAGCCAAGAGCCGCCAAAAAAGAAAAAAUCCGUUACACCAGAUAGACCUGGAAAGAUUAAAACAGCCUCGUUACCACAAAAGACCAAGCGAUGCAACUAUAACAGCGGCGACGAAACCAUGAUGGCAGCGUUGUUAGAAAGAGAUCCUAAGCUUCCAAAAGUUCCAAAAGGAAUACUUGUGUACAAUAAAAAACAAUCUGUAGAGAGGAAGGGAAACAUAAAAUGGAAAGCAGAUAAAGAUCUAGUCCAAACAAGAUAUUUUAUCCGGGAUGAAAGUGAACGUAUUGUCAAGGAUUCCAGGUUCACUGAACAAAUUGAUUCACUGAUCACUUAUCGCUUUUCUAAAAUGAACAUAACAAAGCUCUAACUUCAAACUGAUUUAGGCCUGGUAGUACAGCCUAUGUUCAAACAGAUUAUUCAGCAAAUCGUACCGUUUCAACUCCUCAAUCGAAAGCUG